AUGGGACCGCCACCGUCUAGGCAGCCACAUGGCGCGCAGCAGCAGCGGGCGGCGCCUGCCACCCAGGUGCCGUGGUCCCCAAGCCCUCAACAGCAGCAGCAGCAGCAGCAGCAGGCCGGCCCCGCCUUUGGGCAGUCAGGCAGCUCCGCUCGGUCGCCAACCGGCAAGCUCCAGGCCCUCCAGGCUGCGGGGCGCCUCGAGAGCGCGACGCCAGAGGCGCUCGGGCUCAGCAGUGGCGGCCGGGACGAGGAUGUCCAAGCCGGCGACAGCCGGCGCGACGCCCUGUUCGUGUCGGCCACCUGGCGCGCAGGGCUUGCGUUUGUCGGCGGCGAGGGCGCAGGGAUUAUGUCGACUGCGCCAGGAGGCUCGAGCCUGACCAGUGUGAAGGCGGCGCGGGGGUCGGGACCCUGCAAGCUUGGCAGGAUGCUGGUCAUGGUGGUGGACCUCAAAUCUUCGGGCGGCCGCGGCGCAUUCGCCAAGGUCAAGGACCCCAGCGGCUCCAUCGGCGCAGCGGUGCACCACACCCUCACCGAACGCGAGCCCGCGCUGAGCCCGGGCGCGGCGCUGCUGCUGGCUGACGUGCCAGUGUUCACGCCUGUGCCUGGGCUGACAUUCCUGUGCCUCGUCCCUGACAACGUGAUCCAGGUGCGCUGGCCACUGGUGGGCUGA